AUGAUCAAGCUCCCUUCGAUACAUUACAAUGCUUUGCUUACUCAUGCUUAUAAUGAACUAUUUCGUGCAGCUCAUUGGAGCAAAGAGUGGAAAGCGGCUCGCACAAUUCGUCUUAAUAAAAGCGACAAUUCAGCAUCAACUACAAAUCAAUUACUUUCAAUUUUGAUGUUACCAAUAUUCAGUAAAAUCUUUGAAAGAUUAUUCCUCAUUAGAUUCAACAGAUGGUCAUCAACAAUGAAUAUUUUACCUGCUCAACACUCUGGGGCGAGACCUCAUCAAGCAACAACAUCCCCAGUUAACUACUUUUUACGAACAAAUUAUCCAACCACUACAUUACAAUUCAUUCACUUCAGUCGUUUAUAUUGA